AUGCCUCACCUUGAUGAAUACAACUUCUCCGCGCCUGCUGAGGUGCACUCGUUCUCAGCAUUGCUCUUCGAUAUGGAUGGGACGAUCAUCGACAGCACCAAUGCAAUCGUCAAACACUGGCAUCAAAUCGGCAAGGAAAUCGGCGUGGAUCCUGAAGUCAUCCUUGCCACCUCUCACGGAAGACGCUCAAUUGACGUGCUGGAGAUCUUGGAGCCUAAACUCGCCAACUGGGAGUACGUCUGCGCGGCAGAAGGCGCCAUCCCCAAGAAAUGGGGCCACGACGCCGUCGAAAUCCCAGGCAGCCGAUCCAUCCUCGAAUCCCUUGAGCAGGUCUCUGCACCCUGGGCAAUCGUGACUUCGGGCACUGAGCCUUUGGUCACGGGUUGGCUAGAGGUAAUGGGUCUAGCUACACCCAAGCACUUGGUCAGCGCCGAGCAAGUCGCAAAGGGCAAGCCGGACCCCGCGUGCUACAAGCUGGGCACGCAGCGCUUGAAUGUUCACGGCGAUGAUGUCCUGGUGCUCGAGGACGCUCCCGCGGGUGUGCGUGCCGGUAUAGCGGCGGGUUACAAGGUCGUCGCGUUGGCAACCACGCAUACAGUGCAACAACUGCAGGAGGCAGGCGCGACUUGGAUCGUGCGUGACAUGCGCAGCGUGACGAUGAAGAAGUUUGACAAGGCAACUGGCAAGGUCGAGAUUACCAUCAAGGAUGCGUUGGUGCAGUAG